UGUCCCAGUAUCGCGGACACCAACCAAUGGAUCCGUGUUGACUUGGGUAAUAUAGCCAAAGUAAUUGGACUCACCACACAAGGAAGGGCCUACAGUAAUAUGUGGACCAAGACGUACAAGAUCAAGUACAGCACAGAUAACGUGGUCUGGAGCUAUGUCACCGACAACGAUGGCAAUCAUAUUGAGUUUCAGGGAAACACGAAUAAUGAAAUUCAUGUCUCCGUCUAUUUCCCGGCGCCUCUGCUAACUCGCUUCAUCCAAAUCGAACCUGUGACUUGGGAAGAAGGUAUCUGUCUUCGCUUGGAGCUGCUUGGUUGUAGAGUCUACUGAUUGCGUGCCCAGGGAGCGCUGAGUGGCAAUAAUGUCCGUCAAAAAGAAGGGAACGAGGUGGAUGACCUGACCCAAGUUUUAAUGUCUAACAAUAAAUAUAUGGUCAGAUACUUUGUAGUUUGCAGUUUUGAAUUUUGUGGCAGUGUUGUAAAAUUAUGUGCGAAGUACUGUAUCAAUCAACCAAUCAAUCAACCAAUCAAUCAAUCAAAAAGAAGUUUAUAAAGCGCCCAAAUCUCGUAGGCGCUGAUGGGGCACCAAAAUGCAGAAUAAUUAUUGACGGUACGCCUCCUGAAACAGGUGAACUUUCAGGAGUGUGUAGAAUGUAUGCAGUGAGGUGGUGUCUCUAAUGUAUUGAGGAAGUUUGAAUCCCUUUAUUGCUUUAAAUAUCCUCUUUAGAAUGUCAUAACAAUUUUAAGAAAUGUUCAGAUACUUUGUAUUUUUGAAUUAUAUUAAAUAUAAUGUGCGAAGUGCAGUGGUGUAUUGUUGUUUUAAAUCCCACUUAGAAUGUCAUAACAAUUUAAAGAAAUUUUCAUAUUUUCAGAUUUUGUAGUGUUGAAUUUUGUGGCAGCAGUGUUGUAAUAUAGCGCGAAGUGCUGCAUCGUUGUUUUGGA